AUGGCAGAAACGGAGGAGGCUUUUCCCGCCGAGGACUCCCUGCCGCCGCAGCAGGUGGAUGAGGGCCUCACGCCGCUGCAGGCGGUGAUGGAGUGGGCGGCGGAGGGCAACCCGCCCGGCCAGCGUGUGGCCUACAUCCUCAGCAUCCCCGCCGCCGCCGCGGAGAGCAGCCUGGACGAGGCGCGCAACGUGCUGCUGCCGCUGCUGACCCAGCUGGCAUUCGACGACCACCCGGACGUCAAGCAGGCCACCGCGGAGGUGCUGGGCCCGCUGGGCCCCAUCCUGGCGGGCAAAGAUCCUGAGCUGGGGGAGGCGGGUGGCAGCGCCGAUGCCAUGGACCUGCUGGUGCUCGCGCACCGCCUGCUGCAGGACGCGGAGCGAGGGGUGCAGGAGGCGGCGGCCAGCUCUGUGGCCAUGUUUGCGGGGCUGCUGACUGCGGGCCACAGGCGGGACCACCUGUCUGCGGUGGUGGAUGCGCUCAUGCACAACUAUGAUGACGAGCAGAUGCAGGAGUGCGCUGUGGACCUGCUGACCAAGGUGGUGGCGGCGGCGGGGGCGGCCAACCCGGGGUGGUGCGAGGAGUGCGCGCUGCCACGCAUGCUGCGCCUGGCCAUGCACCGAGACUACAGCAUACGCGUGCACGCGGUGGCGGGGCUGGUGCAGCUUGCUGGGUGUGUGCCGGAGGAGGAGCGCACCGGCGCCCUGCUCUCAUCCUUUGCAGACCUGUGCGCCGACCAGGUGUGGUCGGUGAGGCAGGACUGCGCAGGGGAGCUGGCGGCGCUGGCGGCGCGCCUGCCCCGCCAGGCGGUGCGCGACCGCCUGCUGCCGCUGUGGCAGGCGCUGGCGGGGGAUGUGUCGGCCUGGGUGCAGGCGGCCGCGCGGAGGCAGGCGGGGCCGCUGCUGGCCAGCAUACACCCAGACGACUGCACCCAAGAGCUGCUGGAUGCGUUUGUGGAGGCGGCCGCGGGCCCCGCCACCCUCACAGAGGCCUGCGCCCACUUCCUGCCCUCCGUGCUGCACAGCCUGGGCAUGCAGCGCUGGCCGCAGCUCAGGCGCGCCUCGCGCCAUGCCGCGCCUCGCAUCCUUUUUACGCCUCUGGCGGGAGCGGCGGAGAGGCGCCUCGCCUGCCGGGCGGUGGAGGCUGUGUCGGCGCUGGCUGCCUCUGGCUACAUCAGCGUGAGGGUGGCGCUGGCGGAGAGCAUGCACCACCUGGCGGCCAUGGUGGGGCAGGAGGCGGUGGAAGCUGAUCUUUUGCCCGUCAUACAGGCUCUGUCUGCUGACGAGCACCAGGCCGUGUCUGACGCCCUGGCCGUCAACAUCCGCUCCCUGCUGGCCACCCUGCCGCCGCCCGCGCGGCUGGGCCAGCUGGGCUUCCUGGCCCGCAUGCACCCCGAGACCGGCAGCAGCUGCGGGCAGUGGCGCAUGCGCCUGCUGAUUGCGGAGCAGCUGGCGGGCAUUGCUGCGCUGCUGGAGCAGCAGGGGCUGGCGGAGGUGCUGCUGCCCGCCACGCUGCGGCUGUGUGAGGACCCGGUGGCGGCGGUGCGCGAGGCGGCGGCGCAGCAGCUGGGCGCGAUGGUGGGAGGCCUGCUGGCGCAGGCGCACGGCGGCGGGGACGGCGCCGGCGGCGGGGAGCAGGCGGCGGCGGGGGGCCAGGGCGAGGCGCCAGAAGCGAGCCCGGCGGGGCAGCUGGCGGCGCAGGAGCAGCAGCAGCAGCAGCAGCAGCAGCAGCAGCAGCAGCAGCAAGAACAGCAGGCCGGCGGAUCGCCGCCGGCAAGUGCUGAGAAGGUAGAGAAGCAGGGAGGGGAGGGCACCGCCGCCGCAGCAGCAGCGCAGGCGCCUGCGGACCAGGGCGCUGCUGCUGGCGGCCCUGCACCAGCUGGGGCGACGGAGCAGCUGCCGCAGGAUGGGACAGAGGAGGCAGCCGCUGCCCCCAAGCAGGCGGAGCAGCAGCAGCCGGAGCAGCAGGAGGAGCCAGCGGCGGCCUGGGCCGGUCCCUCCAACCCUGCGGCUGUGGUGCAGCAGAUUGUGCGGCACAUGGUGGAGCUGCAGCGCAGCGGAGGCCACCGCGCGCGACAGACAUACCUCGCCUUCGUCUCCGCGCUGCUGCUGCCCCAGGCCCCGCCGCCACCCCCCGACGCUGCGACCCCAGCCGGGGCGGCAGGGGCGGCGGCGGCGUCGGGCACAGAGGCGGCGGCAGCGCAGGGCGAUGCGGCGCACGCAGCGCAUCCGGCGCCGGGGUGGCCCCAGCUGGGGGAGGGCGUGGCCAGCAACGGUAUUGUGCAGGGCCUGCUGGAGGGCGCGGUGGCGCUGGCAGCCGACCCUGUGCCUAAUGUGCGGCUGGCGGUGGCGCGCCUGCUGGCGGCGCUGCGGGUGCAGCAGCCCCGCCUGGCGGCGGUCAGCCCCAAGGUUGCAGAGGCGCUGGCCAGCCUGGCGGCCGAUGCCGACCGAGACGUGCAGGCAGCUGCCGCUGCGGCGCCGGCGGGGGAGCUCAACCCGCCAUGAUGCCAGCUGGCA